AUGCCUUCUCCAACCGAGCCUAUUCAUCAAUUCGACUCCAUUGAAGACACAAUCAGCGCCUUUAAGAAUGGAGAGUUUAUUAUUGUUCUUGACUCCCAAGACCGUGAAAAUGAGGGGGACCUUAUAAUCGCCGCCGAGUCAAUCACCGAUGCUCAGAUGGCUUUCCUGGUUCGCUAUUCAAGUGGUUUAAUUUGCGCACCCAUCACCCCGGAAAUCACCAGCCGUCUCGCCUUACCUCAGAUGGUGGUUGAAAGCACCGACCCGAAGGGAACUGCAUACACGAUCUCCAUUGAUUCGAGCGACCCGUCCGUUACAACCGGUAUAUCCGCUUACGACCGUGCUCUCGCAUGCCGAAAGCUCGCUUCACCUUCAUCCCGUGUUGAGGACUUCCGAAGACCGGGCCACAUCAUUCCUCUCCAGGCCAAAGCGGGUGGCGUGCGCGAGAGGAGGGGUCAUACGGAAGCAGCGGUGGAAUUCUGCCGUCUGGCUGGGAAAUCACCGGCCGCUGUCAUUGCCGAAUUAGUAGAAGAUGGUGAAUGGAUCGAUGGGGUUCCGGAAAUCGGUGGAAACAAUGGCAUGAUGAGGCGCGAUGGGUGUCUGAAAUUUGGGAAGAAAUGGGGAAUUAAGGUCUGUACGAUCGAGGACCUUGUUGCGUAUGUCAAGAAGACAGAGGAUGUUGUCUCUGUUGGGACGAACGGGAAACACUGA